AUGUCUCUCCUCCAACUUCAACUCCCUCUCUCCCAGUUCAAAUCCCUCAAUCUUUCAACCCCUUUCCUCCAUGGCAACUCCGUCGUCUCCACCAAACCCUCCUCCUCCACCUCCAACCACCACCACCAGCGCCACGCUUAUCUCCCCCCAAUUCGCGCCAUGAGAUCUCUCCAAGGCCGCGUAAUCUGCACCACCAAUGAUAAGACAGUGAAUGUUGAAGUGACUCGUCUCGCGCCUCACCCAAAAUACAAGCGCAGAGUCAGGAAGAAGAAGAAGUUCCAAGCUCAUGACCCUGAAAAUCAAUUCCAAAUUGGGGAUUUGGUUCAGCUUGAAAAGUGUAAACCUAUUAGUAAGAAGAAAACUUUUCUCGCUAUUCCGGUUCCCAAGAGGACAGCCAAGCAGUCAAAAGAGGUCGCGCCACAGGACGUUGGAAUCCCGUUGGAAUCUGAUUCUUCUUCGCAAGUUUAG